AUGCCUCAAGAAACGCCACCAAUGUCUCAAGCGACCAGAGAUAUCUUGCUCAAAGUUGGGAAGAUGGUCCCGCCAUUGCUGGAGAAAUUCCAUAAAGGUCAAAUGGGCAGGAUUGCAGUCGUUGGAGGCAGCGAGGACUACACCGGCGCACCUUAUUUUUCCGCCAUGGCCAGCGCGCGGCUCGGCGCCGACAUGAGCCAUGUCAUAUGCGAACCUCAGGCCGGCCAAGUUAUCAAAACUUACUCUCCGAACCUGAUGGUACAUCCAUUGAUGCGCCAGUCCACGCAUGCCAGCAGCUCUGACUCUGCGACUUCCAUUGCGAAGAGCGUCAUCGAUAUGCUACCGCGCCUCCACGUGUUGGUGAUUGGUCCUGGACUCGGUAGAGAUCAACUGAUGCUGGAUACGUGCGCGAAGAUUCUGGAGGCUGCGAGGGAGCAGAAUAUGCCGUUUGUGCUGGACGCGGACGGGUUGAGUCUGGCGCAGACCAGACCGGAGUUGGUGCAAGGGUACCGGGAGUGCAUACUGACGCCGAACGUGGUGGAGUUUGGGAGGCUAUGUCAGAGUAAGGGAAUCGAUACGGCGGGCCUUGAUGCGGGACAGGGAGCGGAGAAGCUGUCGAAGGCGUUCGGUGGCGUCACGAUUGUUCAGAAGGGUGCGAAGGACUACAUUUCGAAUGGGGAACAGACCCUCGUCAGUGAUCUCGAGGGAGGAUUGAAACGGAGCGGCGGCCAAGGAGAUACUUUGACAGGUAGCCUGGCCACGUUUCUAGGAUGGAGAAAGGCUUAUUUGGACAAGCUGUGGGACCACGAGGAGGAUCUGGAUGCCGUUGAGUUGCUGGCUCUGGCGGCGUUCGGUGGAAGCUCUGUAACGAGGGAAUGCUCGAGAUUGGCAUUUGCAAACAAAGGACGAAGCUUGCAGGCAAGUGAUUUGACGGAUGAAGUCCACCAUGCCUUUACGAAUCUGUUCGAAGGCUCCGGACCAAAGUUGUAA